AUGACUAAUUUACCACGAAAGGCCAAAAUGGCCGAUUUAGUAAACUACAGACUGAGAGUCGUAUUGCUAGAUGGGCGCCAGCUGACAGGUCAACUACUGGCGUUUGACAAGUUUAUGAAUCUUGUUUUAGCAGAUACUGAAGAAUUUAGAGCAACUAAAAAGUCCCUGGCGGCAGCAAAGAAGGCAGCAAAUUCAUCUACAACAGGGUCCUCAAGUGAAUCUACUUAUUCCGUUAGAGACACUAAGCGAACUCUUGGUCUGGUAAUUCUCCGCGGCGAAACCAUCAUUUCGGUUUCCGUCGAAGCUCCUCCCCCCAAUACUGACAAUGCUGCCCGACUAGGUGCCUCCGCAGCUGCCACUGCAGCAGCUGCUGGUGGAAACACUUCCAGAGUAGGAACCGCGAGACCGAUAAACCGAUCUGCAGAUGCUACCGGGUUUGGUGUCCCAAGUACAGCCUCAACUCUUUCUGGCCCAGCUCGUACCACUGCCGCUUCAUUCUUUGGAAGCAGCAGCGGUCCCGCUGGGUUUGGCGCUCCCCCUGGCUUCCAACCUCCUCCAGGGUUUGGCGGAAGAUAA